AUGAAUCCCUUGUGGAGGCUUUAUAAGAGCAAGGUCAUGAAGACGCUCAACCCGGAGUACGCGGACGACUCGGCUGAGGAGGUGAGCGAGGUGGAAGAAGACAUGAUGAGUCCAGUCCAGGAAGAUGAAGGGCAGAACGCAGUUUCCCAGCUGGCCCGUAAAAUGCAAGGGGCAGGGGUCAAGAGCUGGAACCGAAUGUCAGGAUUUUUCAAUAAAGAUGACGAGCACCAACUACUGCAAGAGACAGAAAGUCCUCCAGUCGCUGACCAUCCACUUGCUGUAAAGCCACAGGAGCCUUGCCGGCCAGCUCGCCGUGGCGGAUUCUGGGAUAGCUUCGCCGCCAACUGGGCCGGCAAGAGGCAAGCGGAGGCCGCCGUCGCCGCCCACGAGCCGACGGAGGAAAACGACGCCAAGGAGGAGGAGGAGGAGAAAGGAGACGAUGGGUCUCCGGGUCCGUCCGAUUCGGCGGAGACGGGGGCCGGGGUGGAGGAGGAAGAGGAGGAGGGGGAGGAGGAGCGGCGAGAGGACGACGCCAGCAACAGCUUCUCCAAAUACGUCACGCUGGGAGGACGCCAGGGAGGCGAGGACGCCGCCUUCAAAUGGAACUUUGUCACCAGCAAACUGGCCGAGCUCGGGAGAACCGGCCCGGCCAAGAGCGACUGAGAGAAGUUCAACGUAUCCUUUGUUGAGCCCCAUUGGGGGAAAAUCACCUAUGACACCCUCAAAUUUGUCGGAAUUCACCACAUUUUUCGAGAUGUUUACGUAACACACGCAACCUCAUUUCCGUGAGCAUGGGAGGAUUUAUGUCCAGGUUUUUUGUCUUGCUUUGAGCAA